GAGCCGACUGGACUUGUCCACCGACAAACCAGCACAGGAUUGAGCUCCUGCCAAGUGCAGUCCCUCCCAAGGGCCGUAUCUACAGGAUGUCAGCUGCUGAACUCGAUGAGCUCAGGAGACAGCUCGAGAACCUGACCAGCAAGGGCUGGAUCAGACCGAGCACUUCUGAAUUUGGGGCUCCAAUUCUCUUUGUUCCAAAGGGAAAUGGAGAAUUCAGAAUGUGCAUAGACUAUCGGGGUCUCAACAAAAUAACUAGGAAGUCGACAGAGCCCCUUCCUAGGAUUGAUGAUCUGCUGGACAUGGUGCAGGGUUGUACAAUUUUCAGCAAGAUCGAUCUCAAAUCUGGCUACCACCAGAUUGAGAUGGCUGAAGGUGGGGGGGAUCAGGGAGAUGGAGGUAAGGGCAAAGGGGGAGUGCUAGCAUCGAAUGGACAGAAAAAGCAAAAUGGGGGAGGAAAAUGGGAAGAUAGAUUUGCGGCACUCCAAGAAGCUGAAGGGGGACCGGAAAGUGGGGGGAGCCAGACUGACAGUCUCGCCCCACCGAGAAACAUUUUUAAGGACGCCUUUGGGCCAACACCAAUGGACGUUGAGACGGGCGAAAGGAAUGGCGAGGAAAGAGGAGUGUUUCAGGAUACUCCUCCCCUAGAGGAUGUGGUGAUGCAGGAGGCAAGGGGAGCAGAUGAUGCAGAGGAACAAAACUCAUUAGAAGAUAGGAUGAGGCGGGUGGCUGAAUGGUUGUUGCAAUGUUUGCAGAACCGAUAUGCAAACCUCCCGGAGGAAUUUUGGGAUGACGCAUAUAGAAGCCUAAUCCCCCUGCUGGAAAAUAGUGGGAGCCUUAGAACAGCAUUAGAAAAAGGACUCCAAGAGCAACUGACCACCACCACACCUCAAUGUGUCUACAUAGCCAGGAAAUUCUACCACAAACUUUUUUCAUCAUAGUGUAAACACAUCCCUGAAGACAAAAGAAUACAAGAAAUAAAUGAAAUUUUGACCCCCCUUCAUAAACAAAUUACAGAACAACAA